CAAUUACAUCCCUGAUCCUAAUUAUGUCCGCAUCCUCGACACCACCCUCCGCGACGGCGAACAGUCCCCGGGCGCCGCCAUGGCUCCCCACCAGAAGCUCAACAUCGCCCGCCAGCUUGCUAAGCUUGGCGUGGACGUCAUCGAGGCAGGGUUUCCCUGUUCGUCCAAGGAUGACUUCGCUGCAGUAAAGAUGAUAGCAGAAGAGGUAGGAAGCAACGUCGAUGAUGAUGGGUACGUGCCGGUCAUCGCCGGUGGUGCGAGAUGCAAUGAGAAGGACAUAGAAAUAGCUUGGGAAGCUGUAAAGGCGGCAAAGAGGCCAAGGAUCAGCACGUUUAUCGCCACGAGUGAGAUCCACAUGAAGCACAAGCUUAAGAAGACGAAGGAAGAGGUUCUUGAUCUUGCAUGUAGAAUGGUCAAGUUUGCACGGUCUUUGGGCUGUGAUGAUGUCCAAUUUAUCACUGAAGAUGCUGUCAGAUCAGAGAAAGAGUUCCUUUAUGAAAUUCUUGGAGAAGUUAUAAAAGCUGGAGCAACAACUAUUGAUAUACCCGAUACUGUUGGUAUAGCAAUGCCAUGGGAAUAUGAGAAAUUAAUUGCAGAUAUAAAAGCCAAUACAGAUGGAAUUGAAAAUGUUGUUAUUGCAGCACAUUGUCAUAAUGAUUUUGGACUAGCUGUUGCUAACACAAUAGCGGGUGCACGUGCUGGUGCAAGACAAUUAGAAGUAACAAUGAAUGGAAUUGGAGAAAGAGCUGGUAAUGCUGCACUGGAAGAGGUUGUGAUGGCCUUAAAAUGCAGGGGUGCUGCUGUCUUUGAUGGUUUAUACACAUCAAUAAACACAAAGCAUAUAUUAAAGACAAGCAAGAUGGUUGAAGAUUACACUAAUAUGUAUUUACAACCGCACAAAGCUCUUGUAGGUGCCAAUGCCUUUGUCCAUGAAAGUGGCAUUCAUCAUGUUGGUACGGCAGUGCAUUAAAUAUAUAGCUUAAUUAUACUCAAAUGUCUUAGGCGUAGUGAAGUUUAAUUCAAUUCUUUUUUAGUUUUUUGAAAACAUAUAUUGGUUUUUCAUGGACAAUA